AUGUCGGGUGGGUUAAGCCCAACACACCAUGUCAUAGUUCAAGCUCUCUUGUCCCGAGGCCCACUCAAGGAGAAAGACAUACACUCCAUGUUUGAGGACCUCACUAAGAAAAGUCCAGGCACUGAUCGUAGGCUAUUUGAUGCAUUUAUUCUCGCAAUAAACAAGGCUCUAACUUGUGCUAAUUUUGAGUUACGUGCCUGCAUUGAUCAAUAUGAUGGCCAUGUUUAUUAUGGCGUUGUUAAUACUGUUUCCGACGAACAAUCAAAGCUUGGGACGAAGUAUACAGUUCCACAAAUUGCUUUUUAUAAGGCUAUUAUUGAAGCAAUAGUUCAAGAUGACACGGCAAAUGGUUUUAUCUCCACCAUUGGGGCUCUCAAUCUUAAUUUGGAUAGCCAGGUUACAAUUGGGACCGGUUCAGAGUCUCAAGGAGGCCAACAACAAUCUCAUGGAAGCCAACCACAAGUGCCAUAUGCAUUUAAGAGUUUUAAUUUGUCUCAAAAGGAAAAAACUCUAAAUGAACUUGUGAGGGACUCGUGGCUUAAUUUGACCACAGAUGGUGAUGUUAGACUUGGUGUAAAAUCAUUCCUCGAUCUCCGCAGUUGGUUUCGAAGUAAUGAUGUUCCAUCCUGUCAAGUUUGCAAUGAAGCUGGAAUUAAGGCAGAGUUGUGCAAAAAUGAAAAUUGUACUGUACGAAUUCAUCACUACUGCCUGAAGCAACUUUUCUCCCAGAUAAAGGCUGCAAAAGUUUGCCCAAGUUGUGGCACUUCAUGGCCGUUUACAAUACCCAAAGCAGAAUACGUACAGACUGAAGAUGACAAUGGACCUAGGCAAAGCCAACGAGCUACUGGUUCUAAUGGAAAGAAGCGAAGAGCCAAUAUGAUUGUUGAGGAUGACGAAGUUGGAUGCAGCAAUCAGGACGAGCUCAAUGAACAUAGAGGAAGUCAGCAUGACAAUGGACGGGCACGAACAAGGACUAGACUACGAAGAACUCAUGAAGCAGAUAUAGCAGGCCCUAGUGCGUCUCAAUCAUCAUCAGCUGUCACUGAUUUGAGAAGAGUUACUCGAAAAUCUUCUCGUCCAACCUAA